AUGAACAAGACUCACAUGGAUAAAAGACUGAAUCAAUUGCCAACUUGGCUGUGGACUAAUUCUACUACUUUACCACCAAUCUAUAAGAUGGUAUGGGAAGCAGUACGAGAAGACAAAGUUAGAACAAAUGGAAUGCAACCUGAGCUGUUGGUUGAUACCAACAAAGUCUUUCCUUUAUUGCUCACUAGUCAACUUCCUACAGAAGUUCUUGGACACAUAUGGAACUUGGCAAAUCAAAAGUAUGCUGGACAGCUUACAGAGCAAGAAUUAUAUAUUGUUCUUGCUCUUGUUGCUGCAGCACAGGCUUCUUACACAUUUAAUAGCCUAGACAUAUUACAUUUACUUCCAUUUCCACCUACUCCAUAUUUAAAUAUUGAAUGUUUAAUGAAUCUACAGCCUGUAACUCAAUUAAAUUCUGCAGCUAAAUUUCAAAAUUUUCAAGCGAACACUGAAUUUGGAUUUAUUGGUCCAGAUGAAAGAUAUUCCUUAGAAGUUAAAGGAAAAAUGAAAUUACAUCAACAAGGAGUCAUAUCAUCAGAUUUAAAUGUGCAAAUGACAAACAAUGUACCUGGAAAAAUUUCAUGUUUUGAUAAUAAAUCUUAUGUUUCUUCUACUACAAUAUGGGAUUCCAAUAAUGUAUUAAAAGAUACAAAGCAGACUCCACGCUCCCAAUUAGAUUUUAAACACUCAUCAUCAACAGAUCUUUGUGAUGACUUUUCUGAGUUUCAAAGUGCUCCAAUUCCUAACAUUCCCAACAUUCCCAUUUGGGAUACAAAGCAAGGCUCAGCUAUUGGAAGUAGACUUGCAAAUCAUAAUUUAGGUGUUAAAAAGCCAAUGGAGAAGUCAAAGAAAAAUAAUAUAAAUUCUAAAUCUGCUCAUGGCACUACCCAGACACGUAUUACAUCAGUACCAUUAAUUGCAAUGUCUCAAAGUAAAGAUCAGUCAACAUUGGAUUGUUUAUCAGAAUUAUUUCCUAAGUGUACAAUAAAAAAUCAGUCUAAAACAGUAAUUCUUAAGGAUACAGUGAUAAGAAAUAAUGAUCCGCCCAAGGACCAUAGUGAAAAUGUAAAAGAGUAUACAAAUAUAGAAAUUGUAAAUUUAACUAAUGACAAAGAUGUUUUGAAUAAAUCCGAAUGGGUGGAAAAGGCUUUACCAGCAACAUUAGAAACCACUCAACAGGAUCUCAUGAAUCUUCAGCUUGUUGAAGAUAAAUAUAGUGCCUUGCGUGCAUUGGUUCAAGAAACAACUGUGUCAACUGAACCAAUUUCAAACGCAAGUUACAACAAUCAAUCCACUGAUGAAUUUGGAGAAUUUGUAUCUGCAGAACAACCUGCUGUUAAUACUCCUGCCACAAAUACUGUAGAUACCGAUAGUUUUGCUGAUAUUUUUACAGAUUUUGAGUUUAAAUCUAGUAACAAUAAUAAUGCAAAUACAGCAGAUUUCAAUCUCAUGCCAGAUAUUUCUGAAUCAUUUGACAAUCUUAAGCUUGAAGAUAAUGUAGAAGAACGUUCCUUAGAAAUAGGGAAAACUCUUCAAAAGGAAGAUGCCAUAUCAAUUAAUAGUAUAGAAUUCAUGAAUGGUGCAUCAAAUGCAUUAACUCGAUCAGGAUCUGUGCCUAGUUUAGAUCUUAAGUCUUUCUUACCUUCAAAUACAGAGGAUGAACAAAUAAUGGAUACCACACAUCAGUCAGAAUAUUGGGAAUGGAAGCAAUAUAUGGAAAGUUGUGUACUAUUAUUACAAGUAGCUGUAAAUAUAUUUACAAAUAUUAGUUCAGAACUCAUAUUACACGAAGUUUUAAAUUCAGCACAAGGAUAUAACUUUCUUUGCAAUUUAGCCGAAGUUGCAGCUGUUUGUAGGCGGGUUAAUUUUUCAUAUAAAGAGAUGGAUAUCAAUAUAAUAGGUUUUGAUGAAUUACUAAUGGACAUCGAUCGAAUUUGGGCAGAAAUGGAGCCAUUUUAUGCAAAUAUUCCAAUUGUUACGGAACUACCAGCCUGGCCUUUACAUCAAGGGGAAGCCAUUUGUUGUUCACUUUGUUUAACAGUUAUUACUAGUGGCCGAGUAGUGUAUAAUGAGAAUAGUUAUCACGUUACUUGUGCGAAUCUAUGGAUUAAUUGUAUAAACAAUAAUUUGCCCGUGAUGCGGCAUCCUGUUUAUUCUCAUUCAAAUAUAUGUCCAGGUAACAAUCAUAUUUGAUACUGAUCUGGAUUAAAGAGGAAGAAACAAAAAUCUUGCAGUCAUAAAUUUUUAAUGUACACACAUUAACUUAUUAUACGAAAAUCUGUAGGA